AUGCAAGUGGUUUCUCCAAUGGAUAUCCCAGGGGAAACACGUUCGAGAUAUCUCCUCACAGCCUCCUUCAACAGAUAUCAGCCGCGAGCGACACCCGCAAACCGUCGUCGACAACGUCUUUUUACCCGUCUCGCCAUUAUAACCGUAGUUGUUAUCCUCUUCCUGGUUUUCGUUUGGCCAGGCGCGUCGCUGACUUCAAUCGUCUCUCUCGGUCUGUUGUCUGCUAGCGAUGAGUUACAAUUAGAAACGGUGCGAUACUACGACCUCAGCAAUGUGCAAGGCACCGCACGUGGCUGGGAGCGCGAGGAGCGUAUCCUUCUCUGUGUGCCUCUAAGAGACGCCGAGCCUCAUCUCCCUAUGUUCUUCUCCCAUCUGCGCAACUUCACGUACCCUCACCAUCUCAUCGACCUUGCCUUCCUCGUUUCCGAUUCCAAAGACCGCACUCUCGAGGUUCUUUCUAGCAUGUUGGAAGAGAUCCAGGCCGACGAAGACGCUAAGCAGCCGUAUGGAGAGAUCUCCAUCAUCGAAAAAGACUUCGGACAAAAGGUCAAUCAGGAUGUCGAGAGUCGCCAUGGCUUUGCUGCACAGGCAAGCAGGAGAAAAUUGAUGGCGCAAGCCCGUAAUUGGCUGCUUAGUGCAGCCCUGCGACCCUACCACUCUUGGGUUUACUGGCGUGAUGUCGACGUGGAGACAGCCCCGUUUACUAUCCUAGAAGAUCUAAUGCGGCAUAACAAGGAUGUGAUUGUACCUAACGUUUGGCGUCCAUUGCCAGACUGGCUCGGGGGUGAGCAGCCGUACGACUUGAACUCUUGGCAAGAAUCUGAGACUGCACUGGCCCUCGCCGACACCCUGGACGAGGACGCCGUGAUCGUUGAAGGCUACGCCGAAUAUGCUACGUGGCGUCCUCAUCUUGCAUAUUUGCGAGAUCCCUACGGCGACCCAGACAUGGAGAUGGAGAUUGACGGAGUAGGAGGUGUCAGUAUAUUGGCCAAGGCGAGGGUCUUCCGGUCAGGUGUUCACUUUCCGGCUUUCAGUUUCGAGAAGCAUGCUGAGACGGAAGGAUUUGGCAAGAUGGCGAAACGGAUGGACUACUCGGUCGUUGGCCUGCCCCACUAUACAAUUUGGCAUCUUUACGAGCCAAGCGUUGAUGACAUUAAGCACAUGGAGGAAAUGGAACAAGAAAGGCUCGCGAGAGAAAAAGAAGAGGAAGAAAAGGCUGAGAAGGCCAAGAAGGUCAAAGAGCAGUUUGGAGAUGCCAGCAGCCAAUGGGAGAAGGACAAGUCUGACAUGCAGAACCUUGCGACAGAGAAUAAGAAGGAGAAGAAGAAGGAAAAGGAAGGCGAAAGUUUUGCGAAGAAGCCAGAAAGCUAA